UUUGUAAUUUAAUUAAUAAACUAUUAUAAAGUUAUGAAUAAAUUUGUGCAAGUGUUGAAUAUAAAACAAAAUAACGCAUUUAAAAUACGCUCAAUAAGUAAUAGUCAUAGUUUACGUGCUCUAUUGUUGAACGAAUACGGCUUUUUAUCGAACGAGUCUACUACCGCCAUCAUCACCAAUAAACGCAGCAGUGAUUUUAUAAACUCGAGACUACCACAACAACAAAUACUGGGCCACCAGGAAUUAUUACCGAAUUUUAAUAAAAAUAACAGUUCAAAGCCAGGGCAAUUUAUAAGGCAAUACGCUACUUUGGCCAGUAAGAUGAAGAAGGAAAAGCAAAAGAACGCACCUGCUGAUGCCGGCAAAAAAGUAAAAGAACUUAAUCCCUGGCCAGCAUACAUUGAAGAACGUAAUGCUCUGUGGGAGAAAUGCAAAGCUGAAUAUCAAGCUGAGUUAGCGGCCAAGCCACGUCAACCCAUUAAGGUUACGCUGCCCGAUGGCAAAGUGGUCGAUGCCACUUCAUGGGAGACAACACCAUAUGACGUUGCUAAAGGUAUUAGCCAAGGUUUGGCAGAUAACACCGUCAUAUCGAAGGUGAAUGGAGAAGUAUGGGAUUUGGAUCGUGUAUUAGAAGGUGACUGUACUUUGCAUUUGCUCAAGUUUGAUGAUCCCGAGGCUCAAGCGGUCUUUUGGCACAGUUCCGCUCAUAUUAUGGGAGAAGCCAUGGAACGCAUUUAUGGUGGUCAUUUAUGUUAUGGUCCACCCAUAGCUGAUGGUUUCUACUAUGAUAUGUAUUUGGAUGGAGAAGGUAUUUCCACCAAUGAUUAUCCCGUUAUGGAGGGUUUGGUUAAACAAAUCGUUAAGGAAAAGCAGCCCUUCGAACGUUUGGAAAUGAAAAAAUCCGAUUUAUUGGAAAUGUUCAAGUACAAUGAAUUCAAAUGUAGGAUUCUCAAUGAAAAAGUCACAACAGACACCACCACUGUUUACAAAUGCGGACCUCUUAUUGAUUUAUGCCGUGGUCCUCAUGUUCGUCACACAGGCAAGAUUAAGGCCAUGAAAAUUACCAAGAACUCAUCUACCUAUUGGGAGGGAAAAGCUGAUGCCGAAUCUUUGCAAAGAGUCUAUGGUAUUUCUUUCCCCGACUCCAAACAAUUAAAGGAAUGGGAGAGAAUCCAAGAAGAGGCUGCUAAAAGAGAUCAUCGCAAGAUCGGCAAAGAACAAGAAUUGUUCUUUUUCCAUGAACUCUCGCCAGGAUCAUGCUUCUUCCAACCCAAAGGAGCUCACAUCUAUAAUACUCUAAUGAAUUUCAUUAAGUCUGAAUACAGAAAGAGAGGAUUCCAAGAAGUUAUUUCACCCAAUAUUUACAACUCCAAACUUUGGAUGACCUCUGGACAUUGGCAACAUUAUUCCGAGAACAUGUUCUCGUUUGAGGUGGAAAAAGAGACAUAUGCUUUAAAACCCAUGAAUUGCCCAGGCCACUGUGUCAUGUUCGAUGUACGUAAUCGCUCUUGGCGCGAAUUGCCUUUGCGUAUGGCUGAUUUUGGUGUUUUACAUCGUAACGAGUUGUCGGGCGCUUUGACUGGCCUCACUCGCGUACGUCGUUUCCAACAAGAUGAUGCUCAUAUUUUCUGUGCCCCCGAACAAAUCAAGAGCGAAAUGAAGGGAUGUUUGGAUUUCUUGCGUCAUGUUUAUACUAUUUUCGGCUUCUCAUUCAAUUUGGUACUUUCUACACGUCCUGAAAAGUAUUUGGGUGAAUUGGAUCAAUGGAAUGCAGCUGAAAAGGCUUUGGCUGAAUCUCUCGAUGAAUUCGGUUUGCCCUGGCAAGAGAAUCCUGGUGAUGGUGCUUUCUAUGGUCCCAAGAUUGAUAUUACCAUAAUGGAUGCCCUCAAGCGUGCCCAUCAAUGUGCCACCAUACAACUGGAUUUCCAGCUGCCCAUACGUUUCAAUCUCAACUAUAUUGCCGAUGAUGGUGAAAAGAAACGUCCCGUUAUUAUUCAUCGUGCUAUUCUUGGUUCGGUCGAACGUAUGAUUGCUAUUCUUACUGAGAAUUAUGCUGGCAAAUGGCCCUUCUGGAUUUCACCACGUCAAGUCAUGGUCGUCCCAGUUGGACCACAAUUCGAUGAAUAUGCUAAGUCUGUUAGCGAUAAAUUACAUGCUGCUGGUUUCAUGUCUGAAGCCGAUUGUGACGCUGGCGACACAAUGAACAAGAAAAUUCGCAAUGCUCAAUUGGCUCAAUUCAAUUUCAUUCUCGUUGUGGGCGAAAAGGAACGUUCUUCGAAUACGGUUAAUGUACGUACACGUGAUAACAAAGUACAUGGUGAGGUGUCAGUUGAUGAUUUAAUUACAAAACUACAAAAAAUACGCGAUGAAUACAUCACCAACGAAGACAAUUUCUAAAGACAUGCGUGGGCACUUACAAUGGCCUACUAACUAACAAAGUUUAUGCAAACAUUUUAUUUAUUACAUUAAAUUAGGCAUUGGAAAAAGAAAAAAAUCACACAAUUUGUAUAACAAGUUUAACUUAAAAUUUAAUUUUCUUAUUUUGCAUUUUGUCAGUUACAACUUUUGCUAUCACUACAACGAUUACAAAUCAACCUGAUACCUGUUGGUAUGUUUAAUGGUAUACUUACAUUGAUGGUAUUUAUUUAAAAUAAAAAAUAAUUAAUUAAUAAUAAACACAAGAGAUAAGCUCA